GCAAUAUAUCUAUUGGAUUGAAGAAGAACAUAAAGAUAAGGCAAAGGCACUGCAAAUUCUUGCUGUUGUUUUCGGGUUCGGUUUUUGGGUGGGCAGCUUCAUCGUCACUAUGCGCCGCCAAAUUUUUGUUUGAUGAUUGGAAUCUCAGUUUUGGGAAGUAUGGAAAUCAGCAACAGCCACAAUGGGAGCAUUAUGUGGUUCUUCAAGGAUAGAGGUUUUGAUGAUAAAAGUAUUCAUGAAAUGUUCAAAAAGUGCAAGCGCCUUGAGGGCGCAGAAAGGGAGAGAGCCUCUGAAAAUUGGACUUACUUGAGAAGCAUUGGCAUCCAAGAGAGAAAGCUUCCUUCCAUUGUUUUGAAGUGCCCUAAAAUCCUUACUAUUGGUUUGAGUGAGAAGCUUGUACCCAUGGUUCAGUGCCUUGCAACACUCGGAACAAAAUCCAGCUAUGUUGCUUCUGCCAUAACCAAAUUUCCUCACAUAUUGUCCCACAGUGUGGAAGAGAAGCUUUGUCCGCUCCUUGCUUUCUUUGAAGCUCUUGGGGUUCCUGAAAAGCAACUUGGGAAGAUGCUAUUGGUUAAUCCUAGAAUCAUCAGCUACAGCAUUGAGUCAAAGCUUUCACAAAUUGUGGAUUUUCUUGCUAGUCUCGGCCUGACCAAAGAAGGGAUGAUUGGUAAAGUUUUGGUUAAAAACCCAUUCAUUAUGGGUUAUAGUGUUGAUAAAAGGCUACGUCCUACUUUGGAGUUUCUAAAAUCUGUAGGUCUGAUGGAACUGGAUCUUCAAAGAGUGGCAAUUGGUUUCUCUGAAGUUUUAUGUAGAGAUGUGGACAAGAUUCUCAGACCUAAUCUGACUUACCUAAGGGGAUGUGGAUUUAAAGAUAGACAAAUAGCAGCUUUAGUGACUGGUUAUCCCCCUAUUCUGUUCAAAAGCAUCAGCAACUCUUUAGAACCAAGGAUCAGGUUUUUGGUAGAGGUAAUGGGAAGACAAAUUGAUGAAGUUGUUGAUUAUCCUGACUUCUUUCGGCAUGGUUUGAAGAAGAGAUUGGAGAUGAGACAAAAAUUUCUGAAACAGAGGAAUAUAUAUUGUAGCUUGAGUGAAAUGUUGGACUGUAAUCAAAAGAAGUUCCUAACGAAGUUUGGUGUAUCUGGACAACCUGCCUAAGGUACUAGUGGAAUAUCCUUCCAUUUUUCAUGUGUUCAUUAUUUUGUUCUGUAGCUGAGUUUUUCAUGGUUUAAGUAUAUUUCCUUCGUCUUUAACUUGUAGUAUUCAAUUCUGAGCAGACUGAUGAGGAUUAAGCCAUGUGUCUUAGCAGCAGUUUGAACAUGUAGUGAAAUAGACAUGCAACUACUUACUACUGCAAUAUGAACCCAUUAUUUAUGCCCU